CACAUUUUUCAGUUGACUUCGUUGAAAUAAUUUUCGUAACAACGAUCACAUUCGUUUGUAUUGCGAAGACGGGCGGACGUACGUCGGCGUCGAAAGCGGAAAAAGCGCUAAAGCGAAAUAGGGAAAAGUGCGAAUAUCAUAAACAACAAAAUUAAUCGAGAGACCCAGCAACAAAUCGUUUUUUUUUUUCUGUCCAACAAGCGUCGUCGCGACAACAACAAAAAGGAAUAUAUAUAACCGUAAAAAAUAAAACAAAGAGAGAAAACCAGCAACUAAAUAUGACAACAAAUGCAUAAAAUAAUUUUGUUUUUUUUGCCACACUGCAUAAAGAUGCAGGCAGCGUUUGUUUGUCUCCUGAAAUGAAUUCGUGCCUAUUGUAAAAACUAUAACUGGAAAAUAAUCAAAGGAUAAUCAAAGCGGAUACGAAGUGCGAGAAAACAACACAGCAUUCAAGAGCGAAAGAGCUAGAGAGUGUGGAGCGAUGGCCAGCGCGGAUGUGCAGAUCACGAGCGUCAUCGAUGCCAAUGGCCAGAGUUUACCGCUCCACGGCACCGGUCUGGGCGGUCCCUUGGGUCCGCCCGUCAAACAGGAGCGUCCCGAUGACGCCGAGAUCCGCGAAUUGGCGGCCAAAAUGAAGGAGCAACAGAAGCAACAAGCCGCCCAACAGGCAUCCCGUCAAGCGGCCAUGCAGCAUUCAAAUGGCAAUACCGCAGCUACAGCCGGUGGCAAUAUGCAACCGCCGAUCACAAAUGGGAAUGGUCAGACCAAUAUCAUGAGCUACCUAUCCCGUCAUCAGAAACUACCCAAUGGCACCAUGCAAGUGGUGCCCGCCUUGGCAGCGAAUGGCCGAUCGAAUGGAGCCAUAAGUGAGUCCGGUUCGGAUAAGAAGUCAUCCGGACCCUGCGACGAGGAGUCGAUCAAUGGCCACUUCGGCUGGGCGCAAUUCGGCAAGGUGUCCAUCCCGUACAUCUUCAGGCAGUCGGAAAAGUACUGCUCCGUUCGGAUGAUUGAACUGAAACUGCUGGGCAAAUACCUCAACUGUCUGCAUCCGGACAUCUACUCCAGCUGCACCUGCGUGCGCAGCUACUACAUUACCGAUGCCGAGGCACGACUCUUCAUCGAGAUCAAUCACAAGCAUUGCGACGGGGAAUUCGGACGUGAUAUCUUUAAUCAAAAGGAUCUGGUUGUACGGCUCAGUGACGCCUCCAAGUUCUAUCAGUUCUUGGACAUUUGCUACAGGAAACUGGUGUCGGGUAGCAAAACGCCAUCGGAGAAAUGCGGUUUCAUUCGCAUCAACAAGGAGUCCGUGGUGCCGUACACAGUUCGAAAUAACCAGCAGGUUGUGCCGCUCUUCUACUUCGAAGGCGAAACUGAGAAUCUUAAGACCAAGGCGGAACUGCUCAAUGGAUGGGAUCUGGCCUAUCUGAAAUUCUGCUGCAAGGUUCAGGGUAUCCGAAACGAACUCUUCUCCAGCGAAAAUGUGGCCGUAAUAUCGUUAACCGACAUCAAGAGCUAUUUCCCCAGUGGCACCGAAUUCGAGGAUUAUUGGCCCAGCAAGGUGGUAGACUCGAAUCUAUUAAUUGGCAAUCGUGCCAAUGUCAAUAACUCGGUCAAUUGGACACGUCAACCGUCGGCGCCGCCACCAAAGGUAACGACAACCGGCUCUGGAUCGUCGGGAUCUUCCUCAUCGACUGGCGGUGGCCUGGGCCAGAAUUCCUCAUCAUCCUCGUCCUCGAAUUCGGCCGGUGGCGGCCAACAGGUGACCUCGAAAUCACAGCAGCAGCAACAGCACAAUGCCUCGGCUGCUGUGGCAGCGGCAACAGCGCAACAACAACACCUGAUGAAACAACGCGCCGCCGCAGCAGCAGCCGCCGGUGCCAAUGGGGUGGCAAAUGCGGCCAACAGUUUUGGGGCAGCGGCAAUGGCAGCCCUCAAUUCCCAAGCGGCGGCGGCGGCCUCAAUGCUCCAACAGUCUCAAGGCAACAACAGGAUGCUCUCUCAGGCCACAGUCCAGGCUUUGGCUAAUAGUGGCUGGAUGUCUGGGCAGAGCAACCUGCAGCUGCAUGCCCAAAUGAUGCAAACACAUGCGAACGCAAAUCGCGUGGGAAGCUACAGAGAGCACAUGAACAACCUGAUGAUGAGCGGUAGCAGCCGACAGCCGUACUCCUACAAUAAUCCCGCAAUCUCCAUGUCCUCGGUGAACAAUCACAGCGGCGGCGGCGGUAAUGCACCACCACCACUGGUCCGUUCGGCGGCGGGUCAGAAUGCCAACCACAUGUCAAAUGUCGAGCAGUCACUGGUGCAACAACAACAACAGCAACAACAACAGACACAACAGCAACAGACACAACAACAACAGCAACAACGACACCAGAACAGCACAUUUAACAGCAACAACAACAACAACAACAGCCAUGCACCACAGCAACACUCUUCACCAAACAACCAAAACAAUAACAGCCACCACCAUCAUCAUCAGCAACAUGCCUUAGCCAAAAGUCUCAGCGGCGGCAGCAACUUGAGGAACAGCAGCAGCAACAACAACAACAACAGUAGCGGUAACAAUAACAACAAUUCGCCGGCCGCUGUUGCCGCUGCUGCUGCCGCUGGUUAUGUGCAAGCUCUGCUAGGAAGCGGCGGUGGUAAUGGGGGCGUGGCUGGUAGCGCUGGCGCCGGCAGUAAUGCCUUUAACUACAACCUGCCCUCCACAAGAGCGGAUUACACGAAUUUAGCCCUUUGGAAUCAGCUAACACCCGCCCAACGUUUGCUCUUUAGCCAGCAGCUGAAAGGUGCCGCCAGUCCAGGUGGCUCAGGCGGUAGUCCCAGCAAUACUGGAUCAAGUCAUCCAACGGGAAAGCAGAACUUUCCAGCCCUACCCUCCCUGCCCCUGGACACGGAUUUAAUAACCAUGUUGGACUAUAAUAAUCCCAAUAAGGCUAGGAAGAAUCAGAAGACUGGUGGUGUUACGUUUACCAAACCCAUAGUGCCACCAUUGAUACCAGAUGGUUCCGGAGCUGAAAUCACUCUGACCAAAAGCAGAAGAGGUGCGGGAGGAGGAGGAAGUGGUGGUGGUGGUGGUGGUGGUGGAGGCGACGUUGGAGGUGGUGUUAUACCAACCACUGGCAGUGGCACAACCAUACCGCUCAACUCCACACAAGCACUCGAGGAUUUUGAGAAGAAGUGCACGGUGAUGACUGACGAAAUGCGGGCUGUUAUACAAAAGGUUCUGGCCAAUCCGGAUCUCUCGACAUUUAUCCAAACCAAUUCCAGUAGCAAUAAUAAUGCAAAUCAAAAUCACAUGGUGCCUUCGUAUAUAUCGCCACCGAUGUCGCCGGCAGUUGGUGGCCUAAACAUGGGCAUGGCCAUGGGAAAUGUGGCCGCCACACUGACAUUGGCCUCUAAUCCGAAUGUGACAAUAACACCACAAUUGCCGGGACAUUUUCUGCAUUCACCAUCGAGUUCAUGUUCCAGUUCGAGUGCCUCAAAUACGGCGGCGUCUCCAUUAAGCAGUGCCGGCGGUGGCGGUGCCGGAGGAUCAAAUGGGGCGGGUGGUGGUGCAUCCAAUGGGGCAAGUGGUCGGCAAAAGAGCGUGAUUUGUUCGACCAAAUCCAAUAACCUGCCCAUGGCCAUACUUUCGCUAGCUAGCAAUAAUUCAGGAGGAGGAGGGGUUAGCUCAAAUUCAGGGGGACGACGGACUAAUAACAAUAUUAAUAAUAAUAGUAAUAGUAAUUAUGGGCGUCAGACACACAGCCAAACUAGUAUUAACCUCAGCAAUACACAACAAACAACUACCCAACAACAACAACCCACACCCACUGACGUAAUCGAUCUGUCCUCCUCUCGAAGGUCACUCGCUGCAUCGGCGGCCUAUUUGCAGCAACACUCGUCAGCGGUCGCCCAACAGCAGCAACAAGUGGCAGCGGCAGCGGUUGUCCAACAUCGUUUGGCUGCCGCCGCAGCCCAUCAUGCCCAGCACGCUCAGCAAAAUGGACGCAGUUCCUCGAAUUCCGUAAGUUCCGGCGGUUCAGCGAAUUCAUCAGCAAGCAGCAAUGGUUCAAAUAACUCUGGUUCCACGGGAAACGGAUCUAACGGCAACGGAGGCAACUCAUCGAACAGCGCCUCCAUGCACCUGCAACGGCAUGCGGCACUUGCCCAUGCUGCGGCGGCAGCAAGUGCUGCGGAUAGUGCUCAACGGCUGUGCGUUAUACCCGAAAUACCCACCAACAACAUGAACCUGACGCCCUACAAGGUGCAAAGGGUGUGCGUGGACAAGCAUCUGGUGCCCUGCAUUAACAUGAAGGCCUUCAACGACUCCGAGCAGCUGAUGACCCUCAUUGAAUUCCAGAAGAACUUCUUCCCUUCGGUGCCACUGGAUCAUUGCAAGCGAUUGAUCGAGGCCCUCGGCGUGGAGCUCUACAAGGCGAAUCGACGGCAGGUGCAGAUUCUGAUGGAGUACGAUCGGAACUACAACGAGAAUAUGCCGCUAGUGCAGGUGCGCGACAUACUCAAGUACAUGACGCAGCUGACCUUCAUGACGCGCCAGCCGGAGCAGCCGCCGGCCAAAAGGACGCGCACAAGCUAGGAAUUAAGCUGGGGAGCACAACAUUUGCCACCAACACCAACAACCACAACAACAGCAGCAGCAGCAGUAGCCACCACUAUACCAACCACACCGACAACACCACCAUUAAGCACAACAGCCACAGCAAGCAGCAACACAACAACAGCAGCCACAACAGUUCAUACAAGAUCAACAGCAAUAUCAUCAUCAUCAGCAGCAGCAGCAGCAGCAGGAGCAGGGGGUGCAGCAGGCACUACGUCAUUGCGACGACGGGCCCUUACACCGCCAGCGAAUGUGAAUGGUGCUGAAGUGCUGACCAGGCGGAGGGCACUAGCACCACCGCCGGCUCCACCAAUUCCGGCCACACCACCUGGCACAGGAACAACAGGAUCUCCUGCAACAUCAGCAACACCUGCUCAUAUCAGCAGCAGCAACACAUACGAAAUGUUGUACUCCCACAACCCACACCCGCACCACCAAGCAGCCCAGCACCACCACCAGCAGCAGCACGAGCAGCAGCGUCUGCUGAAGAAGCGGCAGCAUGCCGAGCAGACGGUUGCCAAACAUCCGCGAACUGCUGCAGCAGCUGCCCAGAAGAUGGCCGAGGCCGAGCAUGCCUAUUUAUCGAAUUUGUACGGCAAGGCGGCGGCCAGCAUGUUGAGUCCGCCAUUGGGCAAUGUCCUGCCCGAAUGGGAGCAGCAAAGGCAACGAAGAACACAGCCGGCAGCACCAUCGCUCCACCAACAGCAGCAGCAGCAGCAGCAGCAACCACAGGCAGCUGCGGUGGUGGCGCCACCACAGCGACAUAUAAUGCAUCGCAGGCAUAGCGUGUGUGCCGCCGGGCUGGCCAGCUUGUCGCCCGCCUCCUCGACGCACUCCUCUUCGGCGGCCUCGCCCACAACGGCAGCGGCAGCUGCCUUGGCUGCAGCAUCCUACUAUGGCAGUGCAGCGGCAGCGGCGGCGGCAGCAUUUACGGCACCAUAUCAACACCAUCAUCAUCAUCAUGCAGCAGCGGCGGCUGCGGCGGCACAUCAUCAUGCGGCGGCAGCUGCAGCGGCAGCGGCAGCAGCGGCGGCCCAUCAUACGCAUGGCCAGCCAUCGCCCACCAUUUAUCCACCCACGCCGCCGCCAUCGGCGCCCUGGGUACAUCCUUGGUAUGCCGGCGAUGCUGCCUUUUGAGGAAGAGAUCAUAGAUAGAAUUGAUCGUAGACAGAUCCUGAUCGUGAUCGUGUUACUGAUCAUGAUCCUGAUCCCAAGGGGCAAGCAACUCAGUCCCCAACUGUACAUUCGAGUUUCUAGUGCGCUAAGCUAAUUUAUUAUUAAGUCAAAAGAUAAACCUUAAAGUUAAAUAAGAUGAAUAGAGUCCCCCAAACAUUUUUUUUGCGUGCGUGUCUGGAGAUUAGGUUGUAAGUAGGCUAACUAAAACAAUUUCUGGGCAUUAUAUGUCAACUAACCAAUAAUCUAGGGAAACCUUAUCGAUUAUCUAUAUAUAUAUAUAUAUAUGAGUAUAUAUAUGUGGUAUAUAUGGACUGGGAUUUCGUUUGGUCAAAGAACAACAGCAAAACAGCAAACAAACAAACAAACAAACAAACAUUUUCAAAUGAGAACUCAAAGAACUGAUUACAUUUUAUUAUGAGAAUAAACAGAGAGAACCAUU